GUCAGCACGUCCGGCUUCCCUGUCAGCUCGUGUCUCCUUGGAGCCGCUGAGGAAGGGUUUUUUCCUCGGACUUUGUCCUCCAUCACUUCCUCCUUGGCACCAAUGGGGGUCAGGGCCGCGCGCUGGGAGGAGCCGGCCGCUCAGGUGCGAUGCUGCAGCGGCCAGUGAGAGGCUGCUGCUCGGGGCUUCCUGCAGCGGGGGAGCAACGAUGGUCACGGAGCCGAAACUUUGCCACGCAUGUCCGGCUGGCUGAAGAAGUUCUCUGCGGCUGAUGGGAUCGUAGCAGCGGUCACUUUGUUUCCUUGGUUUCCUUCCGGACCGCCCCUGCGCCUCUCCCCAGCCCGGCGGCGGAGGGCCCAUGGGGGCCAAGCAGAGCAGCCCCUCCGCUCCCUCUCCCGCUAACGGCCGGACCAGAGCCUACUCCGGGUCGGACCUGCCCUCCGCCAGCAGCGGCAGGACCACCAGCACCGCGGAGGGGGUCCGGUACCGCGCACAGGGCACGUCCAGAGCCUCCGGAGCCGCGUCCAGCUCCGGCCAGCCUCCCGGAACCAGGCCCACGUCCGCCGGCGGCUCUUCGGGUCCAGGUUCCGGAGCCCGGUCAGGUAUCAGCAUCCCGAACAGCGGAGGAGUCCGGAGCUCACCGGAGUCCGGCGGCAGCAGCCCGGAGGAGGCGGACCAGGACCGGACGAGGCACGGAGGGGCCCGGCUGGUGAUCGGAUCUUUACCCGCUCACCUGUCGCCUCACCUAUUCGGAGGCAUCAGGUGCCCAGUGUGCUCCAAGAACGUGUCCUCAGAGGAGAUGGAUCUGCACCUGGUUCUGUGUCUGACCAAACCUCGCCUCACUUAUAACGAGGACGUCCUCUCUAAGGACGUGGGGGAAUGUGCCAUCUGCCUGGAGGACCUGCAGCAGGGGGACACCAUCGCCCGCCUUCCCUGCCUCUGCAUCUACCAUAAAGGGUGCAUCGAUGCGUGGUUCGAGGUGAACAGAUCCUGCCCGGAGCAUCCGUCAGACUAAAGCUUCCCUCACAGCGGUUACCGACUCUGAGAAGGUUCUACAGAAUGGAGGCGGGAUCCAGAGGCCCGUUGGACCCUAUGAACACUGUGAACCCCCCCAUGUUGUAGAACCACCGCGUGCCAAACCUCUUUGGAGAAACUUCAGGGAUACCAGCCUUUCAGUCUCCAGGGGAACGGACCUACCUGCUCCUCACCUGACGGUCCAUUGGGAUAGGGAGGGCGGUUCUGGGAGGGUUCUGAUGCUGUGGGACCUCACCGCUCCUCGGUCGGCACCGAUUUCUCCCAGUGCCGUGAUGGGAAGCAGGAAGGAAAAGGUUGGAGCUGGAGGAGCUUCUCACCACAGCUGCCAUUAAAGCAGAACCGAGCCAGAGACGAGCCGUCUGCAUGGGCAGCUCCGGGCCCGGCGGUGCCGAUCCACUGUGAAUACUGACUACCAUGCACCUCAUCCCCAUGGAGCCCGGUUCUCCAGGUCCAUUUCCCAGCCCAGUAGGACUAAAGCAUAAAGUUCUUCAGUCCAGGAACAGAACCUCUCUACCUGUUCUGUUGAUCUUCAGAAGAACUUUUACAAAGAGUCCACAGGUCCAACAGAACCUUCAGCUUUCCUUUACACCAUGCCUAAAGAUUCACCAGAGGUUCUGCUUCCCGUGGACCUCCUGCUCGGCCGAGGACAGGCAGUCCAGCCCAGAGCUGCCGCUUCCUCUGGGACCACAUCCUUGACCAGGUCCCCCACUGCGCCGUUCUGUUCCAGAACCCACUGUUUGAUUCUGCUGGAUCCAGAACGGGUCGGUCGCUCUGCCGCAGUGGUUCUGGUCACCUUGUUUCUUCUCAAUAGACUAAAACUGAUCCUUGAUUCCUGGAAUGUGAGAGUUUGAUCCGUUCCCACAGCAUGACGCCUACAGCGCCAUACUUCAGACUGUCUGUCCAAUCAGA